CAGUUUAUCAAUAUGGCUGUCUACAUUUGAUAUGUUUCUAAUAAUUUCAACUUGUCUGGGACAAUACUUUCUGUGUACAUAUUUAUGAAGGAUAAAUAACAUACACCGGAACCUGUGAUGUUCACGACACUGAGAAUGUUGCCGCUCACGUUGCUGGCGGAUACUUUCUCUCAUGCAUUUGGCGCCGAAUUACCAAGUAAUUUGGAUAAUGUGCGACGCUACACAGAAAGCUAUGUAUUGGCGCUGUGGCAUAACCGGUUGUAUAUUUACACCGCUGCGGCUGUCGUUGUGGGCAUAUGGUUUGCCCUUAACCUGGUGCUGAAGAAGAAGAAGGUCGUUACACCUGUUAGUCCUUGGCGUUACCAAACGACAGAAACGGAGGAAAAGAAAAAAUAUCCUGUAAAGGAGAAAGUGGAACAUGUGUCUGGACUAAAGAUUUUUUACGGAUCACAAACCGGAACUGCAAAGGGAUUUGCCAAAGAGCUUGCUGAAGAUGUCAAGAAUCUAGGACUUAUAUCUGAGGUGAUUGACUUGAAAGAUUAUGAUCCUGACGACAGACUAUCAGAUGAGUGCACGAGCAAAGCGGUGUGUGUGUUUCUCCUGGCUACCUACACGGAUGGCAAACCCACAGAGACUGCAGAGUGGUUUUGUAAAUGGCUGGAGGAGGCCUCCACAGAUUUCAGAUAUGGCAAAACCUACCUCAAAGGCUUGAGAUAUACUGUGUUUGGCUUGGGGGACUCUGUCUACACCGACCACUACAACACGGUGGCUAAAUGUGUCGACAAGUGGCUGUGGAUGCUGAGCGCCUCACGGGUGCUGACGCGCGGCGAGGGCGACAACAACGUGGCCAAGAGUCGGCACGGCAGCGUGCAGGCAGACUUCCAGGCGUGGAAGGGCCGACUGCUGACCCGACUGCAGGCGCUGGCCCGCGGGGAGAAGAAGAAAUGCAGCGGCCAGUGCAAGAACGGCACCUGCAAGAGCAAGAAGAAGAAGAAGAAGCAGCAGCAGCAGCAGAGUGGGGCAGGAGACGUGGCGGGGGACGCGGGGAAGUGUUCCAGCGAGCAGAAGCAGCACAGCUCUGAGGAGGAGCUGGUGGAGUCCAGCAGCGACGCAGAGAGCAGUGGCGAGGAGGAGCCAGGCCACGGGUCCGUCAUCGAUAUGGAGGACCUGGGGAACGUCAUGAACCGCAUCAAGAAAGUCAAGAAGAAGGAGGACGUGGAGGACGGGCAGAAGGUCAAACUGUCCAAGAUGAGUAAUGGGAAGACCCCCGAGGAGGAGGAGAGGAGGGAGAUGAUCACGCCGGCGCUCCGAGACGCACUCACCAAGCAAGGCUACAAGCUCAUCGGGAGCCAUUCUGGAGUAAAGCUAUGUCGCUGGACUAAGUCGAUGCUACGUGGGAGAGGUGGCUGCUACAAGCACACUUUUUACGGCAUCGAGUCCCAUCGGUGCAUGGAGGCCACCCCCAGCCUGGCCUGUGCCAAUAAAUGUGUUUUCUGCUGGAGACACCACACCAACCCCGUGGGCACCGAGUGGCGCUGGAAGAUGGACCCGGCCGAGAAGAUCCUGCUGGAGGCGGUGGAGAACCACCAGAGCAUGAUCAAGCAGUUCAGAGGGGUCCCGGGGGUUCGCCCGGAGCGCUUCGAGGAGGGCCUGGCUGUCAAGCACUGCGCCCUCUCCCUGGUGGGAGAGCCCAUCAUGUACCCUGAGAUCAACGCCUUCCUGCGUCUGCUCCACCAGCAGCGCAUCUCCAGCUUCCUGGUGACCAACGCUCAGUUCCCCGACGAGAUCAGGAAUCUGGUUCCUGUCACUCAGUUAUAUGUCAGCGUGGACGCCAGCACGAAGGACAGCCUGAAACGGAUCGACCGACCUCUCUUUAAGGACUUCUGGCAACGCUUCUUGGACAGCCUCCGAGCCCUGGGUGAAAAGCAACAGCGUACGGUGUACAGGCUGACCCUGGUGAAGGCUUGGAACGUGGACGAGUUGAAGGCAUAUUCGGAUCUCAUCGCCCUUGGCCAGCCUGACUUCAUCGAGGUGAAGGGGGUGACUUACUGUGGCGAGAGCUCGGCCAGCAAUCUCACCAUGGCCAACGUACCGUGGCACGAGGAGGUCAUCUACUUUGUGCAGCAGCUGGCCAACCUGCUCCCGGACUACGACAUUGCCUGCGAGCACGAGCAUUCCAACUGCCUCCUCCUGGCCCAUCACAAGUUCAAAGUGGACGGCGAGUGGUGGACGUGGAUCGACUACGAGCGCUUCCAGGAGCUGAUCCAGGCCCACGAGGAGAGCGGUGGCGCCGCCAGCACCUUCUCGGCGGCGGACUACAUGGCCAAGACGCCCAGCUGGGCCCUCUUCGGCGCCAGCGAGCGAGGCUUCGACCCUUUAGACACACGCUUCCAGCGGAAGAACAAGGCCAAAGACAUUUCGGGCUGCUGAUGCCAACUAUCGCAGCAGACCUCACGUGACUUUUCUUCAUAAAUCAGGAGGCAUUUAGACGCUAAAUCUUAUCUCUUUUUUUUUUGUUUUGUUUAAGGGAGUCUCUGUCAGAAUCCAGAGACUCUCUUUGAGCCAGACGUCACCGUGAACAUAAAGCACUGGUUUAACAGCCACUUUUCAUGAUUAUAUUCUCUGACACUGGAACAGACCUGGUUGACGUUUUUCAUUGAUAUUUGCCUAGUGAGAAUGUCCAUUUACUAAGGCUGUAGUUCAUUACUCUCCUGCAGUUGUUAGACGUCCAAGCAGAAUCAAGUUUUUAUGAAGAUUUCAUCGUAUCAGGAUUCACUGGGUAGCCGACAUGAUAAUACAGUGGCAAAGAACUGAAUGUCUCUCACAGAACAAUUAGCAAAUCUGCUGAGUGGCAAAGACAGGGCUGCUAAUAAGUCUUGUCAUGUUCAAACGCCCUCCCUGUUAGCAUGAGUGCUGGUCCUGUCAUAUAGCUUUUAUUUCCUUAUAGGUUGGGUCAACUUUUCUUGCACGCAUACAGUAUGAAGCUCAAUGUGUGUUUUUCCAGCUUGUCUUUCUGAUGUUUUGAUCUGUCCAUGUGUUUGGUAUUAUAUAUAUAUUAUGUCCACUUUCCCUCCAUUUUUUGUGUUUUAUUUUUGUUUUAUUUUCCCUUUCUUUCCCUUUUACUUAUCCAUGGUUUGUCCCAAAAGAGCCAGUAUUUUUCUAUAUUUUUCCAUAUUUCUCGUUCCCUGUCCAUUUAAGUUAAUAUAUUGUUUUUGUAAGAUUUUUGUCUCAAGAAAGUCACAGAUUUUUCCCUGUCAUUGUGAUCAUUCCACAAAUUAUAUUUUUUUUUCCAAAAUAGACCAUGACCUGACUACCAAUGCCAACUCAAAAGAGUAGUCAGAAUUCCACAUCAAAAUACUUAAAUCUAAUGUCAAUAUUCCAGUUGUAUUGUUCGACCCCUAAGGACUAAAUGUAUUUUUUCAGUGUGCACAAAAGCAAAUAUGGGCAAAAGUUAUUGUCCCACACAGCACUAUAUCUGUGACGUCAGUAAUGUAGUUUGAUUACAUUGACGACAUCAUUUGAAAUGUGGGUAAAUGCAAAGGCAGAAUGUUACUUGCCCCUGCCCUUUACUGUACAUCAGAAGUGUCAUAUCCUCUCUGUAACAGCCCUCUUUAGUGAAUCAAGCCUUAAAAAUUAAGGCAACAUAAACUUUGGUAGCAUUGGAACAACCACCAGAAAAAUAGCCCUUCCCUAAAAAAAACCUCUGUGCUCUGAAUGCCUGGGUGAGAUUGACAUUACUUGAGAAAUGGAUGUGCCAUUGUGUGGAGAUGUGUACAGUUUCACCAGCUUGAGAUUUCUGCUCACUGUGCUCAAGUGUGCUCAAAAUGACAGUUCCCUGACGGGCACAAGGAACUUUUGCCACAGCCAACCUAAGUUACUUUUUGUGGACGUUUGCACUUUUUUUGCAGGUUUCUGUGCUGAACACUUGCGCUGUCUCUCUCUCUCUCUCUCUCUUUCGUGCGCGCUCUGGCAGCUCGGCGCAUCUGCCUCAGCUGCGAUGGAGCCGCGUGUCAGUCAGCGAUGGCUGCAGGGGCCGCCGACGGGUCAGCAGCUCCUUGCCGCCCGUUUCGACUCUUAAUUACCCGCCUCACCGGCACUCCGGAACACCGCCGCUACCGCAUUCCGCCCAGCUUUCCGAGAGCGGUAGGGCGCUGCAGGCAGGCGGAGAUAAUGGACCUGGUUUGCAUGCGUGUGACUGUGAGGGGCCCCCGUCCCCAGCGUCAGCCUCAACCCUCCACCGCACUGCAGCGGUAGCCACCACUUGACCUGACGGUCUGCAGUCUGCAGUCAAACAUAAUUGUUUCAAUUUUGAGUUUAAAGUUUCCUUUUCUUUUCUUUGCUUGCCUGAAGUUUUUGAUUUCACUAGGGUACAUCACUGAUUGAUUUGUGAACUUUACAUUAAAGAUGUAAUAGAUGAAUGAAGCCA